AUGUGGAACUCGCCCAAGGUCGGAAUCCUCGGUGGUGGCCAGCUCGGCCGCAUGCUUGUCGAGUCCGCCAACCGAUUGAACAUCCAGUGCAAUGUUCUCGACGCCGAAAACUCCCCAGCCAAGCAGAUUAGCUUCCACAACGGCCAUGUCACCGGUUCCUUCAAGGAACGUGACGCCGUUCGCCAAUUAGCCAAGACUUGUGAUGUCCUGACUGCCGAGAUCGAACAUGUCGACACCUAUGCGCUCGAAGAGGUCUCUUCCGAAGUUCGCAUGGAACCCUCUUGGCAGGCUAUCCGCACGAUCCAGAACAAGUUCAACCAGAAAGAGCACUUGCGCAAGUACGGUAUCCCGAUGGCUGAUCACCGGGAGUUGGUCAAGAACACACCCGAGGAAUUGGCCGAGGUUGGGGAGCAGUUGGGCUACCCAAUGAUGUUGAAGUCGAAGACAAUGGCAUAUGAUGGGCGGGGAAACUUCCGCGUGAACUCUAAGGCCGAUAUCCCCGAGGCUCUCGAGACUCUCAAGGCCCGUCCGUUGUAUGCGGAGAAGUGGGCCUACUUCAAGAUGGUUCGUGAAUCUAUACUUCAAGACGCUCAGGCUGUAACUCACAGUGCGAUUCUACAGGAGCUCGCUGUCAUGGCUAUCAAGACCAAGGAUGGCGUUCUGUCAUACCCCACCGUCGAGACCGUCCAGGAGGACUCAAUAUGCAAGCUAGUGUACGCACCCGCCCGGAACGUCUCCGAGAAGAUCAACCAAGCCGCCCAGGCCCUUGCCCGCAAGGCUGUCUCCGCCUUCGAAGGUAAGGGUGCCUUUGGCGUUGAGAUGUUCCUCCUCGAGGAUGACAGUCUGAUGCUGUGCGAGAUCGCCAGCCGCAUUCACAACUCCGGGCACUGGACCAUCGAGGGCUGCGCUCUGUCGCAGUUCGACAGCCACAUGCGGGCCAUUGUCGACCUUCCCAUUCCCGCCAAGAGCCUUGAGCUCCGCACUCCCUCAAUCAUGCUCAAUAUCAUCGGUGGCGCCACUCCCGACUCCCACCUGAGGGCCACCGAGGCCGCGCUUUCCAUCCCCAACGCAAGCAUUCACCUGUACAGCAAGGGUGACGCUAAGCCAGGUCGCAAGAUGGGCCACGUCACUGUCACCGCCGCGACUAUGCACGAGGCCGAGAUAUUGAUUCAGCCUCUCAUCGACGUCGUAGACGACAUGCGUGCCCAGCGGAAAGACAUCAAGACCAAGGCUGCUGUCUCCGGCCCCUCCAAGCCCGCCCCUCAGGUGGCCGUUGUUAUGGGCUCCGACAGUGACCUGAAGACUCUGGUGCCCGGACUGAAGCUGCUGGAGAAUUACUUUGGUAUUAAGCCCGCCGUGGAGAUCACUUCCGCCCACCGCACCCCGAACUAUAUGGCCGAAUAUUCCGCCGAGGCUGCCGCACGCGGCAUCAAGGUGAUCAUUGCCGCCGCCGGUGGUGCUGCUCAUCUCCCCGGUAUGGCCGCCGCUCACACCGCGCUGCCUGUCAUCGGUGUCCCUGUCAAGGGAAGUUCCCUGGAUGGCGUGGACAGCCUGUACAGCAUCGUGCAGAUGCCUCGUGGUGUCCCCGUCGCAACCGUCGGAAUCAACAACAGCAUCAACGCUGCCCUCUUGGCCGCGCGCAUCAUCGGUGCCUUCGACCCUGCCAUCCAGGCCAAGGUAGAGAAGUACGCCGAAGAAGCCCGUGCCGAGAACAUGGAAAAGAAAGGAACCAAGCUCCAGGAAUUAGGCUGGGAGAAGUACUUCGAGCAGAUGUAA